AUGUGGCACGUAGAAGAAGACCUCCAUCGGCCACUGCCACCUUGGUCGAACCAUCAGUGUACACAGCAUCAUCACCACCUGCACCAUUACGAUAAUAAUGGAAUCAAAACACACACAGCGGAAACUGGUUUUAUUGGAUUUGGCCAGCACAAAAAAAAAAAUCACAUGUCUUAUCCAGUUUCUUAUUGUGUGGUAAACGAUGAUUUUCAAGAAGAAGAACAUCAUCAUCAUUAUUCUUGUCCUCAAAUGUUGAUGAGCCGUCCACCACCUCCACCAACACCAGAACCAUCAUCUCUACCACCUUUGAUGUUAUCUUCUCCACCUCUGCCAGACUCUUACUAUGUUCACCAUCCAUUUACUCCCAUUAUGCAACAACCACAGCAGCCUUCACUUGUAUCAUCACCAGAUUCAUCACUUACAAUUGGCUACAAUACCAUUCAGCAACAAAUACAGCAACGUAUAAAUGAUUACGACUACAAUGAAAGAAACUCUGAGUUAGCCACCAGAAUGAUUAAAAAUGAUUUAUCUUCAUCAUGUUUUCGUCGAUUACUUCUGGGAGAAAGAACUAUUGACAACAGUAUGAAGUCAACUGUAAUUUUUGAUAAAAACACACAACAACAAACAUCAAAUAACAACAACAGAUUAUUAGAACAAGCAGAUGAAAUCAAAACACAGUUUGAGAUUACAUUGGGCGACGAUAAAAUAAUAGGUGUGUGCAAACGGACUAUAUUGGCUGCCAUAAAUAAAGUCAUAGUUGACAAUUUUGAAUCUGCUUUGUACAAAUUACGUAAGACUAUAAGAAUAUUGGACAUAUUAAAAUUCAACGAAGGCGUCAGUGGGAUUGAAACUUCCAAAAUCAAUACUCUUGGGCCAUGGUUGGAAACAUUGAAAGGUAUGGAACGAAAAAUUACAAAAGUUCAACAGGACCAACAGGACCAAAACAUUAAUGGACACCACGGUCCUAGUCAGUUAGAAAAUAGUACCAUAAUAAGAACAGAAGACAGCUAUAACAAGCAACUAUUACAACUCACCAGUAAUAUGAGCAGUAGAAAUGAUAACAUAAAUAAUGAAAGCAGUGGUCGUCUAUAUCACUUUUGGUGGAAAUCAAACUUAAAGCGUUACCGUACUACAGGAAAGUUUGUUGUAGAGCAUCGAUUUAACCGUCGUCGAUACCAAAGAAACAACUAG